GCAGCCGAAGAAAACGCAUGCAAUUAUUUAGUUAAACGUUUCGAUUAGCGCGUUGUUGUUUGUUGUGAUGUGAGCAGCGGCUAAGAUGCUUAACGAUUUCAAAUACAAAAAAGUAAACCAAGUGUGCGUGUAAUAUAACAAUUAGGCGCUAAGGCAAAAGAAAAGUGCGACAAACGAGCAGAGCCAAAGAGAAAAUAAUAAAUUCAAACAAGCUGCUGCUGCUACUGCUGCUACUGCUGCUGUGUGUGCUGUAAAGUGUGAAAAGUGCAAAGUGAAAGAAACUGCAAGCAGAGCUAGAGCAACGGCAACGGCAACGUUCAGCAUGUGAAGUCGUCGUACGUAACUGAACGUAACGUAACGUAACGAAAAGAUAUUUAUGCUCUGAAUGCUGCUUGGGAGAGCUUACAAAAUUUACGUGGCAGAUGACAACGAAAUUCAAUUGAUUUUGAUUUUGCCAUAAACGAGACACACACACACACAGACAGCCCCCAACGAUCAUAACUCGUAUAUGAUUUUAGCAAGCUUCAAGGUCAUAUCGAUUGUCUACUACUGCGCCCAUUCAUCCCACUUGUUUGCCAAAAUGUGUAAGCUGCACCUGCUGCUGCUCCAUGGACUGCUCAUCGUCUCAGCGGCUGCUGCUGCCACACUGGAGCCAGCGCUGCUGCCCAUACCGGAGCCUUGCGAUAAUGUUGUGUGCCCAGCCGAUGCGGAGCUGCAAUGUCCGCCGGAUAGCGCCAUACGUGAAAUGCUUGAGAUCAACAGCGUGGCGGAGACUACUCCAAGCUUCAGCAACAGCAACAGCAGCAGCAGCAGCAUCAUGGGCAUGCCCAUGCCCUUGCCCAGCGAUGAGCUCUUUGCGCGCUGCUGUCUGAACAAGAAAUGCAUAUGCAACACUUGUUAUAUUCCGGACUGCAGCGGCGAGGCGGAGGUGGUCAUCGAACUGCUGCCCGAGAGCAUGAGCACGCCGGGUCAUUGCUGUGGCACGUACGAGUGCCGGCUGGAGCCGAAUUGCACUGCCGCCAGGGAUACGGACUACUUUUGGCUGCAGAACUGCAAGCGCUGCCAGUGCCGCUGGGGCGCGCGCAUUUGCCAGCAGACCUGCGAGGAGGGCAACAACAAUGCCUUCUGCCAUGACAAGGAUCUGAACCUUGACUUCAGCGACGGCGAGAGCUGGAAGGAUGGCUGCGAGGAGUGCGAGUGUGUGGGGGGUGAGCAAAAGUGCGUGCUACCCAUGUGCGGGCAUGUCGAUUGUCCCGUCGAGCGGCAGGUGAAUCUCAAGGGCAGCUGCUGUCCCAUCUGCUGGCCCGAAUGCGCGCCCAUGCCCAACGAGGGCUACAACGUUGGCUACGCGGAUCAGCAGCCAGCAGGCGACGCCACUACUCCCUGCCAGCAUCAUGACUUUCCCAAUGUGGUCGAGGUAGUGCAUCGCUCCAACUAUGUGCAGCAGCUAUAUCCAUAUAUAGUGCUAUGUCUGCUUAUCGUAAUACUGGCGCUCAGCUUCUAUAUACGCCACCUAAAAGCCAAGCAACGUUCCUACCGGCCCGUCUCCAAUUUCGAUGAGAAGAUCGAUCGUGUCUAAGCUGCAAAACGCAAAAACUUUCAACUAGUAACUUGUUUUAUUUUUUUUUUUGUUUUUUUGGUAUCUAAAGGAUCUCAUUUAUAAUUUCGCUUUCACUUCCAAAACACACACAGACAUCCGCAGCAAAAAUGAAAAUAUAUAUAAAAAGUAUUCUUAUGAAAUUACGCGCAAACAAAAGUUACUACACUUUAUACUUUUUUUAUUUUGUUUAAACAGCCAGCAAACUUUAUUGUACAUAGAAUUACACGCACAUUAAAGUUGCAUGCCACAUGCCACACAAACUGCGUUUAGUAUUAAGCACACCAAUGUUUUAUUAUAAAUAUAUAUUUACUAUAUGCACAAAAACUAAAAUGCCAAAACAUAUACGAACUACACCCUGCCCCCAACUACUGACGAACGACCACAUAUAUAUAUAUAUAUAUAACUAUUCGAUACGAUUCGAUUUGUUCGCCAUAGCUUGUAGUUGCUUUAGUCUAUAGAUUUUUUAAUUCUAAGCUAGAAUAUCUAUGUGAUAUUUGUUAAUAAGAACUUCGACAACAACAAUAACAAUAAAGUAAAAAGUAUUGCAAUUGGAUCAAUUUUUAUUAAACAGCUGCUGAUCGUUGCCAUUAAUGUAUAUCCACUAUAAUUAUUAUUAUUACUAUUACGAUUAUGAUUGCC